UCGCUUAACUCGGUGCCCCUCCUAGCGCCGGCCGCCGCUCUCGGUGGUUCCUCUCCGGAACGGCGCCGCGGCCCAGCAGGGGGCGCGCUACCCCCCACCCCCCUUGGCUAGCCCGGGGCACGCUCUAGGCGGCACUCUAUGCUGCGGGAGGGCGGCGGCUGAGGCGAUGGAGCUGCCGUUGGGCUGCGAGUUCGAGGACUCCGUGUUCGCCCAGAGCAAGGAGAGAGGCCCGGGCGGCGGAGGCGGGGGAGCGCCGUACAGCGCCAAGCGCUGCGAGCCCCGGUGGUUUCUCAAGGAAACGGGCAGCGUGGAUGACACCGAAAUCCUAACGGCCAGUAAAUUCCAGGGUGACCUGGCAUACAGGGAGCAGGAGUUCGAGAAAGCCUUGUGUGAAUACUCAAGCUGCUUACUACUCCUACCUCCCAGUAACAUCGCAAUGAGAAGAGAUGUCCAAGAGGGUCAGGCUCGGUGUUUAUCUCAGCUAGGAAGGCACAAGGAGGCUCUGGACGUUGCAGAAAAACUGAUAAAUGGUGCUACUAAUACAGAUCACUUAACGACUGUCCUCAACCUACAGUUUGCCAUUUAUCAGGGUCUGGAAAAUGUAGAAAAAAAGAUCACGUGCCUACAGCAACUGAUCUGCUUACAUCCUUUCAACCCUUGGUACUGGAAGUUACUUGCUGAGGCUUAUAUGAGCCUUUUACAGAACCUGUCUCCAUUAUUCAUUCCAGAGAUGAAAAUAAAUCAGUCUGAAGAGGUUGGAGUAAGUGACAGUAAUUUAAAAACAUCAACUGGAAGAGAGAUUAAUUUCCAGUCUCACAGAUCAGAGAGCCAGAAAGAAUGUUUUUGGUCCGGCCUUGCUAUAGAAACAAAGAGUGAAAAUCCAGUAACUUGUAGCAACAGCCAAAUAAUAAAAGAAUUCCUCUGCACUUCAGAAGAAGCUGAAAGAAGGGAUGAAGGGAAGCACAUUGCCUCCGAGUCCUGGGAGCAGAACAUGCUGAAGAAAGUUGGGAUAAAGGCAUGUGCAUCAUUUAUUAGAGCAAGGCUUUUACUUCAGCUAACGCAGUUGCAACAGUCUUCAUUUGUUCUAGAGAAAAACUUAAAAAGUCAAAAAGAAAUUGAGGACAAGGUGAAACAUUUUGGUUUAGAAGAAAGCUCCAUGCUGUUGAUGACCAAGGUUAUGGGGGCGGAUCUUCUACCAGAAAAAAUAAAAGAGGAAUUUCAGGGUGAGGUAAAAUGCCUAGACCCUUCAGCACUGUCAUCACUGGUCACUGCAUCAGCGACAGAAUUUGAAAUCAAGUGGUUCAGAAAUCUCCAAGAUGAUAUAUGUAAUUUUGGUGGACAAUUGUAUUCAGAUAUUUAUAGCCCACCUUCAGUAAUUUAAAGGUUCUGUUGUAUUUAUUCUCCUAUCUCCAAGUGAUGAUGCAAUGA